AUGAACCGCCCCGAGAAGGCUUCAAAGCCUCUUCCUUAUUGUCAUCAUCAUCCGUAUCAUUCAUCACAUUCAACAAGGACACCCAAAGAAGUUGUCAGGAGACCUUCCAAUCCUCCUUCCCAUGAAAAUAAUCAUCUUACCAAACCAAGCAACCACCCAGAGCAAUUUGCCUUCAACAUCAACCAACCCAAGUCUAAAGUUUCCCAAUCAAUCAUUCUCAAGGGCAUUCCCGGGUUGGCGGACAACUCUUCUGUAUUCAAGUUCCUAGAAAGCGCUGGAGCUGCGGUUUGUUUGGUCAAUGUAAUCUACAAUCCCAAAACGAGCAGAAGCAGACGCUAUGCAUACGCCCACUUCUUUGGUCUGGAUCGUGCCAAAGAGUUCGUCAAGCCGAGAUUCCCACUGAUGUCCUGGAAAGAACCAGACAAUUCUUCACAUGGCGACUACUACAGAACAUUGAAGAUCCAAAUCGACUAUAGCACUGAGCCACCAGAGGUGAAACAAAAUCGUAGGAAUGAUGGAGAUGACGAUGUGGGUCAGAUGCCCAUUUCAAUCCUUUUAUUACGAGGGCUCAACAAGAAGACCACCCUUCAAGAUAUCCAUACAUCCUUGCAGAUGAUAUGUGAUCCGCCUGAAAGCAUUCCCAUCCAGAACAUCAUGCUGGUCAUGGAUCAGGCCACUUGCACAAGUUGUGUAUAUGCUUUUGUCCACUUUCCAACAGUCAAGAAACCUCUCUGA